UCAUCAUGACUAAGAAUGUUUUUUGUAUUUUUUUCUAAAUCAGAAAUUGUAUUCCCAGGAAGAGCUGGAGGUUCUGGUUAUGCAUCGUCAGUAAAAUCUUCUACAAGUAUGCAUGAGGCUUUAAUGGAAUUUCCUGGCCAGUCUGCUAUUCCUGUUGAAUCAACUAAGGCUGCUACUCGUAAUCAGAAUGAGAAUACGUUGCAUCCCUUUGGUGUAUUGUGGUCUGAGCUAGAGAGCGGUAGUACACCAGUUAACCAUUUAUCAAACAGGUCUUAUGGUGCAAUGGAGGAGCUUACCAGUUCAAUAGACAACCGUCCCAUUAAUUCCCGAAGAAAUACACAAAUUGACCCCACCAUGUCCCUCGAUAGUCUGGCUGCUAACCGUAUGCCACAGUUUGAACAUGAAUCCAACUUCUUUAGCCAUGGGGAUCAACUUCCAUCAAAUCAACAUCACCAACAGCACUUCCAGAAGCGGGAUAUGCUAUCACAGUUACAUUUAGGUGAUCAAGCUCAGGAUCUGGAGCAUUUAAUAGCUCUCCAGAUGCAGCAGCAACAGAAGAUGCAGUUGCAACAGCAGCAGAAGCUUCAAUUGCAACAGCAGCAGAAGAUUCAGUUGCAACAGCAUCAGCUACAACAAGAGCAUCAGUUACAUCAGAAGCUCUUACAGGAGCAACAGCAGUCCCAUGCUCGGCAAUUACAUUUUCAACAGAUUUUACAAGGACAGACUACUGAUUCAAGGUUCGGGCAGGCACAUGACUUCCCUCGAUCCAACAGUGUUGAUCAGAUGUUGUUAGAGCAGCAGCUGAUGAAUGAAUUGCAAAACAGUUCUGGCCAUCCGUCACAAAAUUUCGCACCAUACAUUGACCAACUUGCUGGAGGAAAUUUUGGGCAGCUGUUACAUGAAGGCCACCAAAGGGAGCUGCUUGAACAGCUACUUUCAACACAAAAGCAAUCUCAAUAUGGACAACUGCAAUCUCAACAUGGACAACUGCAAUCUGAUCCAAUACGCUCUUUGGAGUACCAGCUGCUUCAGCAAGAGCAGCUUAUGCAAUUGGCAAAUGGUGUGAGGCACAAUUCCUUACUGGAGGAACAGAGACAUAAUCACCCUCUGUGGCCGUCUGACCAUAAUGAUCAGCUUCUAAGAACUCAUUCUGGGAUCAACCGGUCGCGCUCUUCUGCAGGAUUUAGACCGUUAGAGUUUAAUCAACAUCAACAGAGGCCACCCUUUGAGGAUCAGUUUGGUCAACUUGAGCGGAACCUUUCAUAUCAGCAACGACUUCGACAAGAACUAUUCGAGCACGGUCUUCCAUUUGAGCGAUCAGCAUCGGGGAUUAAUCUGGAUGCAGUAAAUGGUCUUAGUCUCUCUCAGGGUUUGGAUAUGCGGGAUGCUACUGCGCACAUGCAAUCUUCUGGCAGAUUGGGAAAUCCCACUCAUGGUUUCAACCAUCAGAAUCCCCGUUUACCAUUGGGUGAACCACAUUUUUCACAACUGGAACCAAUGGAAGGACGCUGGUCUGGA